GCCCGCCUCCGCAGCCCGGGGCUGUGCGGAGCACGGGCGGGUUUCCGGCGUCCGUUUCCCCGCGGCGGGACGGGCAGUGGGAGGUGAGGCCAUGGCGUUGGCGCUGGGAGAAGGGGGAGGGAGCCGGCUGCGUCGGCAGCUGGAGUCGGGAGGUUUCGCGGCGGGGGAGUACGUGAAGCAGUUGUCGCAGCAGUCGGAUGGGGACCGGGACCUGCAGGAGCACCGGCAGCGCAUCCAAGCGCUGAGCGAGGAGACGGCCCAGAGCCUGAAGCGCAACGUCUACCAGAACUACCGGCAGUUCAUCGAGACGGCGCGGGAGAUCAGCUACCUGGAGAGCGAGAUGUACCAGCUCAGCCACAUCCUCACCGAGCAGAAGGGCAUCAUGGAGGCCGUCACCCAGGCCCUGCUCCUCCAGGCCGACCGCGACGACCCCUCCCUGGGUGCCCGCCGGGCUGCUGCCACCGACCCCUUCCUGCCGCUCUCGGCCAAGGAGGCGGCGGCCAACGAGGAGGGGAGGCAGCGCACCCUCACCACCCUCCUGGAGAAGGUAGAGGGCUGCCGCGACCUCCUGCCCGAGAGCCCCGGCAAGUACCUGGUCUACAACGGCGACCUGGUGGAGUACGACGCUGACCACAUGGCGCAGAUCCAGCGGGUCCACGCUUUCCUGAUGAACGAUUGCCUGCUGGUGGCCACCGCCCUGCCCAAUCGCCGUGGUGCCUACCGCUACGAUGCCCUCUACCCCCUGGAUGGGCUGGCCGUGGUCAACGUCAAGGACAACCCUCCCAUGAAGGACAUGUUCAAGCUGCUCAUGUUCCCGGAGAGCCGCAUCUUCCAGGCUGAGAAUGCCAAGAUCAAGAAGGAGUGGUUGGAGGUCCUGGAGGAGACCAAGCGCAACCGGGUCCUCAGUGAGAAACGACGCUUGGAGCAGGAGGCCCUGCCCCGACCUGCCCCGACACCUCCCGAAUCCACCAACCCCUUCGAGGAGGAUGAGGACGAGGAGGAGGAAGAACCUUCUGCUGAGGAGGAGGUGGUUGACCUCUCACUGGAGUGGAUCCAGGAGCUACCUGAGGACCUGGAUGUCUGCAUUGCUCAGCGGGACUUUGAAGGGGCUGUGGACCUCAUGGAUAAACUCAACGAGUACCUGAGGGACAAACCCGUGAGCCAACCCGUGAAGGAGCUGCGGGCCAAGGUGGACGAGCGGGUCCGGCAGCUCACGGAUGUGCUGGUGUUUGAGCUGUCCCCGGACCGCUCCUUGCGGGGAGGUCCCCGGGCCACCCGCCGGGCCGUCUCCCAGCUCAUUCGGUUGGGUCAGUCCACCAAAGCUUGUGAGCUCUUCCUGAAGAACCGGGCAGCCGCCGUGCAGACCGCCAUCCGACAGCUUCGCAUCGAGGGGGCCACGCUGCUCUACAUCCACAAGCUCUGCCACGUCUUCUUUACCAGCCUGCUAGAGACAGCCAGGGAGUUUGAGACAGAUUUCGCUGGUAACAACGGCUGCUACUCGGCCUUCGUUGUCUGGGCCCGCUCUUCCAUGAAGAUGUUUGUAGAUGCCUUCAGUAAGCAAGUAUUUGAUAGUAAAGAGAGUUUGUCAACUGCAGCGGAAUGUGUCAAGGUAGCUAAAGAGCACUGCAAGCAGCUUAGUGAGAUUGGACUGGAUCUCACCUUCAUCAUUCAUGCCCUCCUGGUGAAGGAUAUCAAAGGUGCUUUGCAGAGCUACAAAGAUAUCAUCAUUGAGGCCACCAAGCACCGAAACUCCGAGGAGAUGUGGAGAAGGAUGAACCUGAUGACUCCAGAGGCUCUGGGGAAGCUGCGGGAGGAGAUGCGGAGCUGCGGCGUGGGCAGUUUUGACCAAUACACAGGUGAUGACUGCUGGGUCAACCUUAGCUACACUGUAGUAGCUUUCACUAAGCAGACUAUGGCCUUUUUGGAGGAAGCUUUAAAGCUUUAUUUUCCAGAGCUGCAUAUGGUUCUUCUGGAGAGUUUAGUGGAAAUCAUCCUGGUGGCUGUCCAGCAUGUAGAUUACAGUUUACGAUGUGAACAGGACCCUGAGAAAAAAGCAUUCAUCAGGCAGAAUGCAUCCUUCCUCUAUGAAACUGUCCUUCCUGUUGUGGAAAAAAGAUUUGAGGAAGGAGUUGGAAAACCAGCCAAGCAGCUACAGGAUCUGAGGAAUGCUUCAAGGCUGAUGCGUGUAAACCCAGAGAGUACCACCUCUGUGGUGUGAAGUGACCUAACUGCUCUUAAGAACAGUGUGAAAGCACUUAGAGAAAAUUAUGUACAUUGAAUAUAUGAACUAAAUGGUUGGAGGGUUUGUUCCUGGUUUUUUUGUUUUGUUUUUUUGUUUCGUUUUGGUUUUCUUGGGUUUUUUUUUGAGUGCUUGAAAAAUGCAGAAGUCUAACUGCUGCAUUCCAGAUGCUGAAGACUUACAAUCAAAUCCUGCAAGGAUACAGUGCUUUUCUUGGUGGAUGGAGGGUAUGUUUGAGGUCACAUGUCCUUGGACAAUGUGUCCUCUAUGAAUGGCUUGUGUAGUGUCUGUGGCUUGGGAAAUAAUAUCAUAUACAGUUUUUGGCCAGAUGUUUGUGUGAGAGUUUUAAGUAUACAUACACCAUACAGCAGGAAAAAAGCAAUCCUCAUCAUGUCACUGUAGGAAUUCUCUUUUAGGGCAGCAGUUCUGGCAGGAAGGGAAGUGCUGACACCCUCCCAGGGUGUGGUAUUUGGUGAGUCACAUCCACACCAUUCAGACCUGAGUCAGCACUGCAGCUGAACAACCUGGAUUUGCACAGUCUGGUUUGUGUGGUAGGACUGCAGUCUACUCUGUUUCUCCAGCACUGAAAUUCUCUUCAUUUCAAAGACAGACCUAAAUUAAAAAUGGGGUUUGUAUAGGUUUUUGUGUUUGUGGGAAGAGGCUGCUUCUGUUUGGUAAAGUGGCCUCUUGGCUUCAAUUACAGCUCUCUGAAAACAAACCUUCAGUCAGAAAAAUUGUUCCUUUCAGGGAAGAAGUGAGAGUAACUUUCUUCCCUUCCCCUUCAUGUUUUUUCAUGGGCUUCAUUGGGGUCAAGUCCAUUUGGUGCAGUAGUUGCUCUUGCUUGAGGUACUGUCAGAAAUGCAUUAUAGGCUGUUACCCACUGGUAGAGACCAUAGUGGAGAGGCCCACGUGCUCUUGAGAUGUGCAGGGCAGGGAGAGGGUCUGAAGGUGCUGUUUUGUUUGGAAGAAACAGGGUGGUAGUUUUGCUGUACAGAGGCAUCACAAGGUGAAGGAACUGGGUGUGAGGCUUCUUGUCAGUGCUGCAGUCUUCAAAAUACACUGUCUCUCCUGCAAAUAUUAAUAUCAUUUUGUGUACUACAGCAAUAACCAAGAACUACCUUUUUUUUGCUGAAAACACAGGGACUGUAUUUGGUUGGGAGGGCUGAUGUAGGUGGGGGAAGUUUAUGGAAAUGGUUGUUGGGGUUGAAUGGUGAUAGCUGUCUCCUUUAGUCUCUGUCCCUGAAAAUAAAAUAAGCCACAUCCUGUGUACAGGCUUUGGAAAGCUGUCAGCAUCAUCUUCUGAGCUGUGCAAAUUUCUUCCCCUUCUGUGCAGGCUUUCUUAAUUGUGAAAAAAAAAUGUCACAGCUAAGUAACCUUGUAUUAGACUCAAUAAGUGUUCUUAACUGGAAUAAUUGAGUAGCCUGUUCCUCUUGCACUUUGAAAUUAAAGAUUUUGCAGUUUGUAUCAUGAAUGCCUUGUGACUGCCAAACAAAAGAUAUUGCUAGUAAAAUGUUCUGCAUAACUA